AUGCUAUCGUCGGUGGUUUUUUCAAUUUUAACAUUGAUACUUUCUUGCUUUGUAUCAACUACUGAAGCCAGAAGGAAACUUUCAGCCACUUCUUUGGUCACAUGUAUGGACAAUUCCCAAAUUUCUCCCAGUUAUUUCAAUGUCACAUUUAAUCCUGAUGACAGAUCUUUACGGUAUGCCCUUGAUUUGACUACUUCGAUUAGUGGAUAUAUUACUGCUCAUGUUCAAGUUUAUGCUUAUGGGUUUUUAAUUAUUGAAAAAGAUAUAAAUGUAUGUUCAUUGGGUUGGAAACAGUUUUGUCCUAUUUACCCUGGUGCAUUACAAGUUGAUUCAGUUCAAUAUAUUAGUUCUGAAUACACUAAACAAAUUCCAGGAAUUGCUUAUCAAGUGCCCGAUAUUGAUGCCGUGGUGAAACUUGUUGUCAAGGAAAGAGAUUCUCAAGAAACAUUAUCUUGUUUACAAGCCAAUUUCUCAAAUGGUAAGACCAUUAGUCAAACCGGGGUCAAAUGGGCUACAGCAUGUAUUGCUGGUUUAGGAUUAAUAGUUGCUGCCAUGUUGUCCACUUUUGGUAAUUCCAACGCUGCUUCACAUAUUUCUGCCAAUUCAUUAUCGCUUUUCCUUUAUUUCCAAAGUGUGGUUGUUGUAUCGAUGCAAGCUGUUGAAAGAGUCCCACCUAUUGCAAGUGCAUGGUCAGAAAAUUUAGCUUGGUCAAUGGGGUUAAUUCGUAUUCAAUUUAUGCAAAAUAUUUUUAGGUGGUACAUACAACUGACGGGAGGUUCACCAACAACGUAUUUUAUAUCAACUACCAAACAAGUUUUAGUACAAAAGCACAAAAGAUCAUUAGAUUAUGUUGCUGGUGUUGCUAAAAGAUCAUUAGAAUAUGCCUUACGUUCACACAGUAAUUUAUAUGUGUUGCGUGGUAUUAAAAGAAUUGGGUACAAUUCCAAAAUUGAACCAACAUCUAUUGUGGCCACUGGUUACACUUGGUUUGUCUUGAUUGGUUAUUUGUUAGUAGUAUUAAUGGUAUUGGUGAAAUCGGUGAUUGUAUUGUUGACUCGUGCCAAAAAAAUCAAUCCUAGAACUUUUAAUUCAUUCCGUGGAAGUUUCCCAAAUUUAAUUAAAGGAUCUCUUUUAAGAUAUAUUGCUAUUGGAUCUACUCAAUUGAUAAUAUUUUCAUUGUGGGAAUUCACUCAAAAUGAUUCACCAGCUAUGGUUGUUUUAGCGGUAUUGUUUGUGUUGUUAUUAUUGGGAGUAUUAGGAUGGUCAUAUUUCAAUGUUAUGAGAAUUGGGAAACAAUCCAUUAGAAGCUAUAAUAACCCAGCAGCAUUAUUAUAUGGUGAUAAUAAAGUAUUACAAAAAUGGGGGUUCUGUUAUACAAUGUUUCAUGCCAACAAGUACUGGUUUGGUGUUGUUCUUAUGGGGUAUAAUGUUUUCAAAGCAUUAUUUAUUGCCUUUUGUCAAGAUGCUGGGAAAGUUUCUGUUUUACCAGUUUUUGUUGCUGAUUUGGCUUAUACCAUUUAUUUAAUUUGGACUGGACCAUAUUUGAAUAAACCAACAAAUGUCAUUAAUUAUAUGAUGUCGAUUGUGACCACCAUUAAUUCAUUUUUGUUUUUGUUUUUCUCCGAUUUAUUUGGUCAACCUGCUCCUGUAGCAUCAAUUAUGGGAUGGGUAUUUUUCAUUUUAAAUGCCGCAUUCUCAUUGAUUUUAUUGAUUUUGGUUAUUGUGUUUGUAUUAUUAUCAGUGGUGUCGAAGAACCCUGAUGCUAGAUUUGCUCCUGCUAAAGAUGAUAGAUUUUCUUUCCAAAGGAAAUCUUCAAUCAAACACAGAAGUUUUACAGAAAAGAAUGCUUCUGGUAACAAAGAUGGUGGUGAUGAAGAAUUGACAGCAUUGGGAGUAGCAGCACAAGAUCAUUCAGCUGAUUGGGAAUCACAAAUGUAUAAACUCAAUGAUUUAUCUUUAGAUGAAGAAGAUGAUUCAAGAACAAAUCAAGAUUUUGUGAGACCAGAUAAUGCUAAUGAACUAACAUCAGAUUAUGAUGAAGGAGAAGAAGAUGAAGAUAAUACUCGUAUUGCCACUGACGACGAUAAAAAUAAAAAAUUGGCAGCCAAAUGGAAAUCAAAAAUAUCCAGAAAAUUAUCGAAAAAAAAAUCAGUUAAAAACAAAAAUGAUACAACCACUGUAAGAAGAUUGAGUGAUACAUUGAUUAAUGAUGAAAGAGAUUCAAAUGAAAGACGCGAAGAAAAUGAUGAAUUGACACCAAUAACAAAUCCAUAUAAUCAAUCAACAGCAUUUAAUAAUCAUAAACGUGCGCAAUCUACAACUUCAACUUUAUCAAAUAACAACCCAACAAAUACCAAAGGAUUUAUAUAA